CUCGUCGAGCUCAUUCUCAACCUGUUAGUCAACUUAUAUUCCACAGAAGCUCUCUUGUGAAAGGGUAACAGCCCCAACCAUGACCUCCAGGCUCAAACAUAAGUUAGAACUCGACCAGGUGAACCUCAACUCGGCUUAUCUGAACGAGUCCUUCGUCCAAAUUGGUACUCCAUUGCCUGCUCUUGCAGACACCAAAAAGGACAAGUUAGAGUAUGUGCCCGAGUGGAAGCAAGAGGUGAAAGAUGAGCAAGGUCGACGUCGAUUCCACGGAGCAUUCACUGGUGGAUGGUCAGCCGGAUACUUCAACACUGCUGGAUCUAAAGAGGGAUGGGCGCCGUCUACCUUUAAGUCUUCGCGGAGCAGUAGAGCCUCAAAGGUCCAAAGGGCUGAGGAUUUCAUGGAUGAAGAAGACUUGCAGCAAAUGCGAGACGAUAGGCAGCUGGAGAAUACUGAUAUCUUCAGAAAUGAAGCUUUUGCUGGGACGAGGGAACCCCUUGCAGAUAAAAACCUUCCAUCCGUAUUGGAAUCCCUGAUAGCACCGGCCCAGUCAUCCAUCGGCGAGAAGCUCCUUCAAAAACUGGGAUGGAGACCAGGUCAGGGUAUAGGACCUCGUGUCACUCUUCGAAAGUUGAGAAUACAAGAAGGUAAACUCGGGAAAGCUAGGCUAGGAAUGGAUGAUGGCGGACACGAUGACGCGGAAGCUGGAAAGCAUACUUUUGCUCCAAGGGAUGUGAGACUGUUGGUGUAUGAAUCUAAAGAAGAUAAGCAGGGCUUAGGGUUCGAGAAGGGAAAGGGCAUGAGCAGGUUGCCACCGGCGAUGGCUCCACGACCCCUUGAUAUUGAGGAUGAUGACCCUUACGCCGUUGGCCCUUCGACGUCCUCCAGACCUUUCGCAUUCGACCAUAACGACGACGAAGAUGAUGUGAUCGUUAUGGGUGGCUCAGCGCGGCCUGGACUAGGAAUGGGGUCAACGGAUGUCCAGGGAGGCAAAAAGGCCGUGGAUGCAGAAGAUCACUGGCAUGAUGGAAGGCCCGUUUUAGUAGGUUUCAUGCUUGAUCCAGAAGGAGUUCCUCAGGAUAAAUGGUUCCCGAUGCCCGAAAUACCGAUAGAUUGGCGGCCGCGCCCUGCACGAGUAUGGGGCACUACUCGGAAAUGGGACGAAGAGCCGGGGAAAAAGGUUGAAGAAAAUGAAGUCAUCAGAGGCGCACCUGGAAAGCCUCUCACUUACGAGCAACGCGGUGCCGCCCUGGGAGAAGAAACACGAAUGUCAAAAGCCAAAUCUGUCUAUGAGUAUAUCACUGAAAAAGAUCGGGAACGUCUCGCUUCGGUGUCAGAUUCUGCGCAGAUAGCCCCGCCUCUCAAAUUAUCUUUCGUUCCCGAACCCUCCGAAUCCGCCGAACAUACCCGUACGCCUGCGACUGAAGUUCAAAUUCCUCCGCUAUCCCCUCGGACGGCUUCUGCCGCUCUCAAAGGCUUUAUCCCAUAUGGUGAUGACCCAGCAAAACAAGAGCGUUACCGUUCCUAUCUCAUCUCUCAGACAUAUAAUACCAAAGACCCCAAUCCCGCACUUCUGCCAUCAUCUUCCUUUGACGAGAUCAACGCUGAACUCGAAGCCUUCGCAUCAUCAGCAAGAAUCUUUAAACCCUUGUCAUUUGCAAUGUCUAACCGUUUCACUUCGGGAUCAUCUUCUCUCGCUGCGUCAGAUCUUAAGCAAGCUAAGCCGGGACUGCAUAUAUAUGACGCCGAAAAAGCCAAAGCGGAGAUGGAAAAGCCAAAGGGCGUUGAUGAAAUUAAAAUGGAUAAGCAAUUGACGCCUAAAGAACAAGCGGCCAUGAACGGGAUGUACGGGAAGAUGACUCGAGAGACAAGACAAUUUUACCCCGUGAAGUUGCUUUGCAAGCGUUUUGGGGUUGCGGAUCCGCAUCCAGAGGGAAAGCUUUCCGAUUCUGAAGCCGCUCCCGGACCCUCUGCCCCUAGCGUAGAAGGUUUACCAAUUCCAGCAAAUGAUGCCAGUUGGGAGUCAAAGUUUAUAUAUCAAGCUCCCACUGAAUCGUCAAAGCCCACCUCCAUACCACAAUCUACUCAGGCUGUAACCGACGAGCGAGCCCCAACAUCCAUAGCUGAAGUGGGCAUGGCGGAGGAUAUCAAUCAGGGAAGGGAUACUUUGACGUAUACAAAGCCCAGCAUUGAUAUUUUCAAAGCAAUCUUCGCCAGUGACGAUGAAAGUGACGAGGAAGAUGCGGAUGAUGAUGAAAAACAAGUGGAACAACCUGGAAAGGUUGCUGGUCCUACGCAAGUGUACAGGGACCCCUUCCCACCGAAAAAAAUAGAAGACGAGAAGCCCGUAGACUUGACGACUUUCAAACCCGUGUUCACCUUGAAAAAAGAAGAUAAUCGGGCUAAAGAUGAUAAGGAGAAGAAAAAGGACAAAAAGAGCAAGAAGCGAAAGAUUAUGCUUUCGUUCGAUAUUGGAGAAGGAGAGGAGGAAGAUGAGCCAAAGCAGCAAGUGAAGGACAAGAAGAAGAGGAAGAGAGACGAGCAAGAUAAUGAGAGACAUGGGGAUGAGCAAAGAAAUGUGAAGCACAAGAAUGAAAAGGAGGAAAAUGAUUUUGAGGGCGAAUGGGUAGAAAAACCUGCUAUAAUACCGCGGUUAGUUGGAAGGAAAGGAGCAGAAGAUUUUAUGUAACACUUUGUAUAGGAGGUCGAUGUUGGAAUUAUAGCAUUCUACGAUCAUUUGCAUGGCAUUUUCAAUGGCCCAAUCAUGUCUCAAAUGUCAAUGCUGUCUCUUUUAUCGUGACUCUGGCCUGUCUAGCACCCAACCAUGUUAUCUGUACGUCACUUAAUGCCGAAGUUGAAUCAAGAGGACCUAGGAGUCUUGCAUCAGAAUUGGUUUUCUUGGACAGUCUCUGAACUUACGGUCAUCGGCCCUCUUAAAUUCUAUCCGCUUGAACGGCUCCCCCUUUUCACCACCUUGCCUAGGUGGACCACCGACGUUGAAAAAUCCGCUUAGACUACUCCCAACCUUCCAAACGGUGACAGACCCUUCCUCUAUUGACACUGUGACCAGUCGACGUCCAUCAGGCGAGAAGCAAACCGCCGAGGCUGGGGCCUUGUGCGGUUCAAGGACGUAUAGUCGAGAUGCAGUCUUGAGAUCAUACCUGGAAUGGAUGAGUGGUGAUAAGAGACAACGUUGCAGAAGCACCUACAUUAUGACUGCUCCUUCGUGUGUCCCCACAGCCAGGCGCUGAGUCCGACUGUGGAAGUCAAUCGUAGAAAAUCUGCGAAGAAAUUCAGUUUCAAACGAAUCAUAUCCUACAACAAGAUAGACUUACGCUAAAACGAGCUCAUUUAAGAUGACAGUAGCUGCUUGCCAGACGUCAUCCCUCAUCUUACCAACAUUCGGGUCGAGACUCUUAACGACCGCCUCUGCUAUCCUAGGUAAUCCAUUCUCCAACACUGCGGGCUUUUUUCUGGCCAUAAAUACACAUAGCUUCAUGAUACUACUUCUACUCUCGGCGCUCUUGGCGUCCAAUAUGUCCAUUGAAAGUGUAGACAUGAAAAGAGGGGGAUUAGAGGAAGCGACCAGCAGAAUAGCUAAACGCGCUUGAGCGGCUAUGCUAGUAGAAGAAUGGGAGGACAUGGACGGCGGCUCUUUGUUGGUUGCCAGAUGGAAGAGGCGGCGCAGAAGGUCCGAAGGGUCUACAUAGCUUUGCCAAAUUGUAAAACCUUUCGAGCAGAGCUCUACCGCUAGAGAGAUGUAGUCGCAGUUCG